AGACAGACUGAACACGCUAAAGAGAUUGUAACUCGAUCUGGUUAUUGAAGCAGGAAACAACUCUAAGCAACAUAAACAAAAAUGAAGCAAUGUGCUAUUGCCAUUCUUUGUCUUCUUCUAUGGACUGAAUUCAUUUUUGCGAGUUUUGCUCCUUCAUCCCUUGAUUGCUGCACAAAAAUAUCAAAAGGGGUACUAGAUGAAAAUAUUCAAAAAAGAAUAAAACAACAUUAUUUUCAAAAACGCAGUGUGUGCUCAAGAGAUGCUGUUGUGUUUAUUACACAAAAAAAUAGGACAAUCUGUGCUGAUCCAAAUGCAGACUGGGUGACAGAUCUAAUUAAUAAACUGAAAAAUCCUACACCUACCAAAAAGAUCAAGAAUAAUGAAAAUAAAGGCCAAAGAAGUAAAAAAAAGGGUCAAAGAAGAAGAAAGGGGAAAAAUAAACAGAAGAAAGGGAAAGGAAAAUCACAGCAGAAAUUAACAACGUUAAGCUCUACACAGUGAUGUGAAUUCAUGAAGAAGACAAAAGAUUUAAGCUAAUAUCAAGAAUAUAAAAAAUAAGUCCAUCCAUGUUUAUUUCUGUUACAGUUUAAAUUUAGCAACAUUUUAAAAAAUAUAUAAAUCACAGAAUUUAACAACUGCAUUUGCGGAAAGGUCUGGAUUUAAUAUGUGCGUGUAAUGUUUUAAUAUAACACAUAUACUGUAUUUAAAUAAAACUGUAUAAUAAGAAAA